UGCAUGCCUCCUCGUCUGCUGGAGCAGCCACUCCAGAUCGUGAGCUACAUUCGCUGUCGGUGUCACCGGACUGAUGAAAAUCAUAUGCGUCUAUGAAAUACUGAAAUGUUACAUUUAUAAACCUCGGUGUGCUUUUCAGAGUAUAUCAGGUUUUCUUCCAUUUUUAAGUUCACUAUCGUCAUCACGUAAAGUAGGUGAUCUUGCAUUCUUGCAAGAGAUUUUCAGCUAAAGCUCUACAAGGAAACAGCUGCUUGAGCCGAUGCUCUUUAUUUUGUUCCGGGGGAAAUAUUGCAGGAGCUACCAAGCACUGAGAAACGGGAUGCAGCUACUCCUCAUUAUAAACAGAUUAUUACCAGAUCGAAAAUGAGCCAUUACAUGUCUGUGAUGGUCUAAUGAGCCAUGCAGCACCGCCGUCUCAUUGAUCCAAGGCCGCUGGGCCAGCCCUGAGGGGGAACACUGCUGCUCAGGCUCAGGAUGAGGAUGCAGCAAGGGAGCUGAGGAGAAGACUCUUGAGCCACAACCUGACACACACAUCCAGAGCAGCUGCUGCACACUGCCCUCCAUUAGGGGGGGCUCUCUAUUUGGCCUGGACCAUGAGCAAUGAGUCUGCCGUCUGGAACAUCCUACCAGAAAACUCCACGGAGAUCCUGUUCGAGGCAGAGGAGCAGCAAGAUGGCUUCAUGUUCCUCCUGGUGAUCCUCUCCAUCUUCCUAGUUGGAGCACUGAUCUUCAUCGCUGUCCUCCUUAUCGCCUGCCGCUGUUGCUGUCGAGGAGGGCACUGCUGUUCCAGGACUAGCGAUGACCCAGAGAAAACCAACACCACCUACCUGGAGGAGUCUCGGCCCACCCAUGAAAUCACCAUCAGGGUGGAUGAGUCAGACUGUCUGUCCAUAGCCAGCUCUCACAAUCAAGAGACAGAGCGCUUUCUCUCCACGGGCACGACAGGCCGGCGUGUCUCUUUCAAUGAGGCUGCGCUCUUCGAUCAUGGCAAGAAGGCCCAGGAGAAGGGCCGCAGGUACACUCUGACCGAGGGUGACUUUCACCACCUGAAGAAUGCCCGUCUCACACACCUCCAUAUCCCUCCCGCAGCCCUCAAGAUAGUCACCAUCCAUGAAUGCGACUCUGCUGAGAACACCAUCACCAUGACAACAAGACCUGUUGCUAAGUCAGCACUUGCCAUCUUCCAGCCAAUGCUGUGCCCCCUACCACAAACAGCAUUGACCAGCCUGAAUGUCAGUCCCAGUGGUGCUCUCCCUGGAGAUACUCUCAACUCUGUGGUGGACACCAGCUUCAGUGUUAACACUACAGCUCUCAGCACUAAGGAGCAAAGCUCCAUCUCCAUGGUGGGAGUAGGGCCCCGGGGCAGAGGCAGCAGUGUCAGUGUUGGAGAAGGGGCCGUGGUGAGGAGCAGUGCCCCUCCUGCUGGUGGUGGUGCCGGAAGCCAGGGGCCCAUGUUGCAGUUUUUCACUAAACUGCGGCGCCAUGCAAGUCUGGAAGGGGCUAGUCCCUACUUCAAGAUUAAGAAAUGGAAGCUGGACAGCAGCCAGAGAGCCUCCAGUCUGGACACCAGAGGCUCUCCAAAGAGGAGGCAUUUCCAGCGCCAGCGAGCUGCCAGCGAGAGCAUGGACCAGGACAACAACGACACACACCACACAGACCUCAUUCAGUACAUCGCUCGCACACAGGAUGUGACCUACUGUCCCAGCCAGCCCACCACAUGCAUCCUCUCACCUCCUUCCACACCACCCCCUUCCCUCGGCAGGGUAGAGGUCGAGGUGAUGGUGGAGCCCAGCUGCAGCCAUGGAGGACUAGGGGUGAUUGGCCUAUCCCCUGAUCCCCAAGACGAAGCACUGUCCCUGGCAAGAAGGGAAGGUGCUGACCCUUUGGACCCCCUAGAUCAUCAGGACCCCCAGUCUCUUUACAGAGAUAUCUGGACCCUUCGUGCAACACUGGAACAGUACACCGCCUCUGACCAGAGUAGUAGCAAUGACAGGAACUCUGUCUGCAGUGAUGCUGACAGUGUGUGUUCGCUGGGCGGACGCACAGAGACAGAAAGAGGAACGCUCCCUAGCUACCCGUUCCAGGAUUUAGGGGAUGAUGCAGAGGGUGGAGAGGAUGACAAGGAAUUUUUGGUGUAUGUGGAUGAGAAGUUGGGUGUAAAAGAGAGAAGAAAGAGGAAACAGGACAGCACAGAAUCAGAGCGAGGGGGCAGUGAUGGAGAAACGGGGACUCGUAAAUUACUGCAGAUGGACAGUGGCUAUGCGUCAAUAGACGCUCCAACAAGAGGUCCUGAAGACCUGCGACUGUUUGGGAGCAGCAGCAUCAGUGGAAGUCCUACGGAUAGAACAGCCCAUGAGAAAAGGCACCACUUUACCAGUGCAGGGCGAACUGGUACUAUUGGCGAGAGCUUUGAGUCUCAUCUCUUUGAGGAGGAGCCGGAAGAUGAGUUAUUGAUGGGUGCUAGUGGAGGAGUUUCCAUAGAAACAGGUGCUGGUUCACUAAACUGGUUUCCAUAUGGUCAGAUGCUUAAACCUCGAGAGGCUGCUCAGCCUUCACCUCAACCGCCAAUCCUACAUGUUCGGCGGGACUACAGCAUAGAUGAGAAGACAGAUGCACUCUUCCAUGAAUUUCUCCGCCAUGACCCUCAGUUUGACCAGCAGGAGUCACCGCUCAAGAAGCAUCGGUCCCGAAUACACCUCCGCAAGCAGUGGCAAUGCCACAAGCAGUGGAGCGACCCCGGUGUUAGACACUUUCAAUCCUCCUUUGAGAGACAGCGGACUCCACUACGGAGGGGUGAGAGUGUAAACUACCCACUGGACACAAGCUACCACAGCACGCUGCCCCGCAUUGUUAGUGCUCCUGAUGAGGAUACCAGUGAUGGGACUGGCAGCACACCUGGCACUCCAAAGGUCGAACCUACGACUACAGAGUAUGGUGGCAAGGACAGGGAACAGGACGCCACUAUCAGAGACAUUGAGCACCUGACCUCAUCUUCUCUACCACCCCUUCAUCCCUCUGUCUCAGAGAAAGAUGGAGGGCCGGUAGAACCCCUUGAUAUUCCAGAGGACAGCAAACAGUCUGGACUCCAUUCUGAGCCCCCAGACGAGCGCUCGCCCCCUCAGCUGUCUGACUCCUCAGGCUACGGCCCACAAACCAUCACAGAAGAGUUCACAGACAAACUGUCUGCUAACUUGGAAGAGAGGCUGUACAUGGGCCUUCGCAGGACCAAGGACACAGCCACCGAGUGUGUGACGAUGACAGCCACACAUGCUUCUCCAGACCACAGCCCAGUGUAGCAGGGCUCCAGUUUUCCUCCUCGUCAACCUCACUCUUGCUGAUACACACUUUUUCUUUCUGUUUCAUUUGUCUUUCCUCAGUUUAAAUCUCUCUCUGAUUACAGCUUGAAUGGUGUGAUCCAGCCCCAUGAAGAAACAGUGGAAAAUAUACUUUAAAUCAGUCCAUAAUUAAACACACUUUUACUUACAUAUAAUUGUAUAUACAGUUGAUCCACUAGAAAUGCAUCCAGUCUGUUGUUUUGCCUGUUAGUAGUAGAUGAACUCAGCUAACAUAUCAAAAAUAAUGGGUUUGUCCAUUAAUUUUAUAUUUCUAUUUAGUCUCUGUUUUGCUGUCUCUACUUGCUGUCACUUCCAUCUCUGCUCUCCAGUAAGAAUAAGUGAAACUGAGGAGCAGGUAUGGCCUCUAUAACUGUUGAUCCACUGUGAAACCAGGUGCUAUUAGACAGGUAGAAAGCUACAGAUGUGGACACAACAGUUACCUGCCAGUCCUGUGAUCAUGCGUUACUGGAUAUUAAAUAGUUUUAUCACCAUCUUGAGAUAAAAAGACUAGUUAGAAUAUAUUAAUACAUCUAUCAAAGCUAUAUGAAGCAUACAUUAUCUUGAUGUAGGCCUAUUCUGGGAUAAUCUAGACCUAGAAAUGUAUAACAGAGACUAAAAGUGGAAGAGGUUACUCAAUGUAACGUUAUUCAGAAUGGUUUUAAAUCCAUAGUUCCAAACCUCUGGGUCAGGAUGUCCCAAGAGGUCACAAGAUAAAUUUAAAAGGUCAGCAGAUGAUUAAAGUAAUACAAAAGAAAAAAUAUAUUAUAUAUUUUUGUGGCUUUUUUUUUUCAUCAGCCAAUCGCAAGCGAUAAAUCUGUCCCACCACUGUCCUUUAAGUCAGCAUGGAAGCUUUGACAUGGUUGCUAAGAGCAGUUAAAAUUGUUCAGGUAUUUAAAUGAACAAUGUCAACAGAAGGUUAUUCAUUUUCCUCUAUGCUUUUUGUGGCCAUAUUUCUAUUGUUGUUUUUCAGGGACGUAGCUACUGUAUGUACUGUAGCUAGCUAGAUAUGAAAGAAGCUGUCCUCAUAUUUAUUAACACUUACAAAGCUUUGUUUGGUCAACUGUUUCAGGUGUCUAGAGGUCUAAAGUUGACCAGGCUUUAUUUAAGGAGCCACUGCCAAAAUGUUUGGUAACCACUGGUCUAGAUCAAUGAACUGGGAUAAUGAUAGCCAAAGUUUCACCCAGACAUACUUAUUUUGAAUUGGAAACUAUCCUUUAAUUUUCCUCACUGAGUGUCUGACUGGCCAUUAUGUUUGAUUGACUGAAAAUGCUUUGCACUGUGUGGCAAGUGUCUUAUAUUUCUCUGGUAUGAUGAUGACACUAAUAUUCAACUCCAUGAGCUAUGACUUUUAGUAUUUUGGGCAUCACUGACAUGACAUCUGCCCUAACACAGAGAACAGGCUCAGCCUAGUGCAGGUCCACAAUCAUAGGCAGGUCAGUUAUAUUAAAGUUAUUAGACAAGAUGGCUGCCCUAAAAGUCUGUUCUGUGAGCCUCGCCGAACAGACUUUAUUUGUUCAUGUCUGACAUUCUUAGUUUUCCCUUCCUCUCCAGAGAAAGUUGACAGUGCAUUAAAUGCCUCCCUUGGGGGCCCAAGGAUUUCACUUCCUGCCAGCAUAUAGAACUAGACUGAACAACGACGCUAUUUGUACUUAUUUUUUUCACUUAUUUACCUUCCAAUGUGCAAUUAACACAAACUACUACUGCCAUUCAAAUGAAACCACAUAAGGAGAUUAUGUGCUGUGGGCAACAAAUAGCCAGCAAGUACUGGCUGGAAUUAAGAUGAAAGUUUUUGCUAUUAUGUCCUCAGCAGCACGUUGAUUGUGAUCCAGUUUCGCUCAUGAAAUCUUAUUCUCACAGGAGCUGUCAGGCUUCCCACAUGCAAAGAGGAGAGCCACUGCAGAAGAUGGUGUUGAAUAUUAAUCAUAACAGGAGAAGGAAAGUGUUUUUAUCUUAUCUCCCUCUUUGUCACCAUGCUGUAAAUUGGAGGGAGUGAAUAGAAAAUCGGCGGGGGGGGACUAUGAUCUUCCUCUUUAUUUGGGUGUGACAAUGAUGACCCUUUCCAGCCCCCCACAUUAGAUCCUUGUCUGCUGCAUGACAGGAAUCUCCUCUUGUGGCUAAGUGGACUCUGAGGAAGACUGCAUUCCUCAUUAAAAGAACAAUGGCUGAGAUGAAAGAAGAUGAACUCAAAUAACAAGAAGAGAAGGCAGUGGCUUCUUUUGUUCUGUGCUUUUUUUUUUCAGGGAGCUGCAUCAACACACAUACUGUCACCAUGAAGAAACAUAAUGUUCUGUGCUCUGGCACAGCU